AUGAUGCUUGCUCUGAUAUCAUUAACUCUUCCUUUGGCGGUGCCCUUCACUCUUCUGUCUUGUAAAAACCAUUCUAAAAUGAGACGUGAAUCCGGCGGUUUGUCUCCCAUGAGAUCCGUGGAAACUACAAAGAAAUCCGAGGACAUCGUGCCAAUAACGAGGAAUUCAGAAGAGCAAAACCCAUUCGCGGAAAUCCCCGGCUGCGCUGUGGGAGAGAAAAGGACAUCAAAAGAAGAGCAGUGCAGUCUACAACAGGAACGUUUCGUGCGCUUCUCAGGAGAAAGAAUAUUCGAUUUGCAAACAAGCAAAAUCACUCGCAAUCCCAUUGUAUCGCUUGCCUCAAAUGAAACAAUCACAGAAAUCGUUGACGUUAGAAAAAGAUAUGGUGAUCCUGCAGAGUCCGACGACAUGAUCACCUUAAAUGAAGAUCACAAAAAGAUGCGUGGAUCUAAAGAAAAUGCAGCUAUAAAUACUACGCAAAACACUGAAGCCAGGAACAGUAUCGUCCAAGAACCGUUAAACGGAAUCUUACUAGAAAAAGAGGAAAUAACUCAACGAUCUGAAAUGGUACAGUGGCAAGAAAAGGUGCCUGUAACAAAUAAGCAGAAUUUAACAUGCGAACCAGAGAAAACGCAGCCAACAGACAUCGUAUAUUGA